CUCUGGAUUGUGGAUCCAUGGCUCCCUCUACAGACCACUUCUUAUAUUACAUCUAUGGAGAAGGCAGCGCAGUGACAUUGCUGCUGAUCCUGGUGAAUGCGACGUUGAUCUCAGCAAUAAUGCUAAUGGCCUGUACCUUCUGUAUGAAGUCUAAACAGGUGGAUUUACUCAAGAACAAGAGUCGGACGAAAAGGCCAAAUUCUGAGCUUAAGAAAGUUAUAACACUCAAGGAAAUUGAGACACGAGAAACCAAUGGGAUAAAAAAUGGCACCAUCGUUACAGGCACUGAAGUAAACUCAAAAGAAAAUAAUAAGACUACGUCACUGAAGACCAGCGCGGUCCGGGGGUCUGUAAUGAGCGAGUCUGGUAACACAUCUGUCGAUCUAUUGCGCAGAGUCCUCCCACCUCCCCCAGAGAACCUACAGGCCCCUCCACCUGCAGAGGCCUUGGAUGAUCCUCUCUAUGACAGUGUGAAAGAGAUGAGGGCAGCACCGAGCAAUGACCAUGACGUGACAAUGGCGCCAGGCUCCUCUUCACUAGAGCGGAGAAAUCCUUUAUAUGUAUCCGCAGACGAGAUGAAAGAUCCUCCAUCAUACCAGGAGGCCAUAUUGGAGUAUCCUAGUGCUGAAGCCAACAAGAAGGAUAGAGAUAGUAAGACCCAGGUUGUUGAUGAAUCUUUAUACGCGGUGAUCCAUAAACAGCCGUCGGUGAAGACGCCGCCACCCCAAAACUCGGAGCAGUCGGCUUCACACAAAGUUAUUUUAGUGGAGGAAAUAAAGAUCGAUAGUCAAACUGUUUCCUUUAUUAAUAAGGAGAAGACACCAAGAUCCCAGAGUCCUUCCGAAAAACUAGAUUCAAUGUUAAACAACUGCAAGAAGAGGAGUUUUAUAUCCGCGCAGCCGCCCAGAGACAAGACUGUGAAUAUUACCCAGAAUGCACCACCACUGGUUCCAGCCAAGCGAUUCGACAUAGAAGGGGAAUUUGAACAAUAUACCAUUGAGGAGGAAACAGAAAUGGACAAAGAAUCCCCAUUGACUACCUGAAUUCUCUUUGUUCACUGUAUGGACUACGUUCAUGGACAAGGGUCACCAACAUCCGACAUUAAGUCUUCAAAGGGACAUCUAUGGGGACCAACAUGGUGAUCACCUGACCUCUGUGGUUCUUCUUCGGAACAAAAAGCUAAAAAGAUGUAAAUAUAAUAAAAUAUUAGGACAUAUUAAUAAAGAGUCAUGUAAAGCUUAUAUAUAGGUUCAAUCUUCAGGCGGAACGGAAUUCAACAUCUGAAUUUCCACUACGAAAUGUCUGUAGUGUGAACUACGCAGCAGAAUCCUAUUAAAGUGAAUGGGGGAUGACAUUCUGGAGUGUUAACGGGCCCUUAAAGGGGUACUCUGCUGCUAGACAUCUUAUCCCCUAUCCAAAGGAUAGGGGAUAAGAUGUCUGAUGGUGGAGGUCCCGCUGCUGGGGCCCUCAGCGAUGUCCCGCAGCACCCAGCAUUCCUGCGGGAGAGGUCGUGAUGUCACAGCCAUGCCCCUUUGUGACAUCACGACCGACAGACACCCCCCCUCCCAUAGACAUGAAUGGAGGGGGGCGUGAGUAAAUGUUCAGAACACUGGAGGACAGGAGUAUCCCUUUGAAGUAUUGGAUCCUUUGACAAACACCCAGUAUCCUUAUUGGGGGACAUUUAUUGUUAUUUGCUUUGGUAAGCAAGUUCUGAAUGCAUUUUUUUUUUGCUUUAGUUUUGCUUAUGUGCUACAUAAUCCUACAAUCACAGGGGGUUGAUAAAUUUGGAGCACAUAAACAAAACAAAAAAAGUUGCAGCUGAGACUUUUUGUGAGACUUUUUUGUGACUGUUUAAAUUUGCUCACCUGCGAGAGUUUUGUACUCCAGGCCAGACCUGGAUAAGACUUUAAAAUUUUUGUAACGGGUUUGCUUUUUUUUUUUGCCUAUGUGCGACUUUCAGUGAAAACUGAAAUUUGUUUAGGUAAGGCUGUUUGUAACUUUUUGCUUACCCACAAAAGUCGCACAAAGAAGUGCUUAGGCGCACAAUCGACUUUUUGUGCACCCAGAGUAAGCAAAAAAAGGCUCAAAAUACCUUGAUAAAUGUCCCCCAUUGUUCCUAUUACUGUAAAUAUGCUUUAUUACUGUCACAAGUAGCGCUGCAGCCAGACGUGCUGGCUGCGAGCGCGCUACGGCUCCGUCCCCCCCGUGCUGCUUGUGCCGCGGUUCACGUCGCAUGCGAACGUCGGGCUCUCACUCUCCUCUCCGCAUUUCUGUCCCCUCCACUGUUCCCUGCUGUCGGUGUGUGUGCCCCUGCCUCCUAGAGCGCGUGCGUGCCGGCUUCCUCAGAUUUAAAGGGCCAGCACACCAUUGAUUGAUGCUUGUCUGGUCCUGUGUUUAUUUAACCCCACACUUCCUUCCUGUCCUUGCCGGAUCUUUGUGCUCACAAGCCCUAGAGAAAGCGUUUCAGUUGUGUGUUCUACAGUGUUCCAGACCUCUUGCUUUGUGACCUGGCCUUGCUCCGGUGCCGCCUGCCCUUUGACCACCUAGCUUCGUUCCUGACCAUGCUCCUGUGCCGCCUGCCCUGACCUCUUGCCUGUCCUGACUACGAGCUUGCCUCAUCCUACCUGUGCCACAUAACACCUCAGCAGCCUGUGUGGACGAGUCGUAUCAGGGGUAGCGACCUGGUUGCUGCCUACCGCAGCAAGUCCGUCCCGCUUUGUGGUGGUCUCUGGUGAAAACCAGCGGCACCUUUGACUCCGCUCCCUGGUACGGCCCACGCCAUCAUCCACACAGGUUGAGCGGAUUCCCUGCUCCACUGCCGUUUUAAUUACAUACGAACAAGACAGCGCCAGCUAAAAUGAUACUAAAGAACUCAAAUCUGAUCAUUUUAUUUAUUUUGUGUAAUGUUCCUAUCUGCUAGUCGGUUGGGUAACAGGGCAUGACGGCUCAAUGUCUGGAAAUCCAGAGUUUGGUCCAAAAGUUUUUUCAAAUAAUAGAACUAUAAAUGCUACUAUAAAAAGUACAUGAAAUUGUCAAAAAAGGGUAAAAAAAAAGUGUCCUAAAAUGGAUGCUAUGGGCAACUGCUCAACUGUUUUAAUACAUUUUCCUCCAUAUGUUUUGAAAGUGUAGAGUACCAAAAAAAAGAAAAAAUGCAUAAACAGUAUAAAAACUUUGAACCCUGGAAUCAUGGUAGCUUCAUCACAGAUUUGUACCUAAUUGAUGUUUAAGAAUCUUAUAAGGUACCCAUGGUGGUCCCCAUGUUUCUUACAAUACAUCACAAUGGGGUUUAUUUACUAACGUGAUCCCGACUCUUUUUUGAAAACCAUAAAUUUUACAAGAAAACCCAAAAAGGGGCAUGGCCAUGGGGAAAGGGACGCGGUCAUGACAAAAGGGACGUGUCUCCAACAGUUUUGGAAAAAAACUACAUAUUUACUAAGGUUUCAACAGAAAAAAAAAAAAAAAAAAGUCAAAACGUAGGGAAAAGUGCAAAAUGUAGGGAAACAUUAAUAAAUACCUUGGGAAAAUACCUGUCGGGAAUCAAAAACCACAAAGAAAACUACACUCCGCGCUUAGUAAAUAAACCCCAAUGUGUUCACAAUAAGUGUUAACAUUACAGUGUGUUAAAAAUACUUAAAUAAAAUAAUAAAUUGAUAUUAUAUCUUAAGAGCACUGCUUUAUAUCUGCAAUCAUAUCUACUUCAGUUUGGUAUAUAUGUGCCCAAUUUGUAUUUUAGUCAUACCGUUGUCAAUAUUAGAUAGAUCAUUAUAAUAAUGCUUACCUAUGUGUCACAGAAUUCUACUAAAAUGACUAGUAUAAAUAUACAGAACAUUUAGGCCUUUAAAUAGUACCCCUUGCGGUCCCUCUUCAUAUAUAUUUCUACAUCCUUUGUAAGAGAUAAUGCAAUAGAUAGGGAUAAGUUAAUGUAAAUAAAAUCAUUAAUGCUUACAACAUCUCCAUAGAUCUAGUCUCCACUUGGAUGGAUAUGUAUAUAUUUUAGUUAUGUAAAUAUGGAACAGAUUUUAUUUUAUGUGUCUUCCAAUUUUGAACCCAGGA